AGUUAACUGAUGGCCUCUCCCCCACACACCUGGGCUGGACAAGCCUGUGACCUGUGCAAGGUGGGAGAGGUGGUGUCCAGCCCUGCAUGAGACAAAAUACACCAUGGCAGCAGCACCUAGCUAGCCCAGUCCAGUGCAAAGCAACACGGGAGGCACCUGCGGAAGGUGAGACAGAUGCCAGCACCCCGGCCAGCCCUGAGCAAGGCAAGGCAAAUAGCGGCACCCAAGGCAAGACAGAGGGUAGUGUCCAGAUCAGCCAAGCCCUGCACAAGACCUUGUCCUGUAGACGGGAACGGGGGAAGGAGCCCAGGCGUGGCAACACAUUCCCAGGCCCCUGCAGGACCGUCAUGGCUUAUGAUGACUCCAAGAAAAAAGAAGAUUGUUUAGAGAGUGACCAGGCUGAUGGUGUGGGUUUGGUAGCUGGGAGAACCCAGCGAGAGAAGAAACGUUCCUACAAGGAUCUUCUUCGGGAGGAGGAGGAGAUAGCUGCACAGGUUAGGAAGAAUUCAAAGAAGAAGCUGAAGGAGAGUGACCUCUUCUUACUAGGGACAGAGUCUCACAAGAAGAAGAGGAAGCGCUCCUCCAAUGAACACUAUUACAGAGAUCUUUCCCCUUUUGAUUUAUCCCUGCCUUUGGAGCCCUCUUCAAAGAAGAGGAAAAAAAUAGUGUCUAGUCCACCCUCUGCUGAUACUGCCAUGGAUUUACUUAAGGCCAUCACCUCGCCCUUGGCAACGGGCUCUAAGUCUUCUAAAAGGACAUCUGAAAAAUCAUCUCAUUCUUCACUCACUGCUUCUGGUUAUUCAGAGGGCAAGAGAGAGCAUCACAAAAAAAAGCCAAGUGGGAGCAGUAGUGAGCUGUCCUUGGAUGAUGGUUCCUUACACAAGUCCAAAAAGAUGAAGCCCCCUUAUGUGAACACUGAAACAUUGACCUUGCGUGAACCUGAUGGCUUAAAGAUGAAACUCAUCCUUUCACCAAAGGAGAAGGGGGGGAGCACAGUAGAAGAGCCCUUUCCACAAGCAGCACCACCAGCAACAAAAAAAUCCUCCAAAAAGUCAUCUCGGGACGAACAUGGAUUGUUCCUCCCAAGUCACGAUAUGCACAGCUUUAUGAAGUCAUCCAGAAAGAAGCACAAACCACUGCCAGAUCCACAUCCCCCUUCAGUCACUGAGACCUUUGGCCCAGACACUCCCCUUUUUCAAGAAGGACAGAGCAGUGAGUUUGAGCUUCUAGGACUGGAGCCACAGCUGGAAUCAGGUUCAUCCUCUGGAGGUGAGCUGGAGGCUGGUGAGUUGGUGAUUGAUGACUCAUACCGUGAGAUAAAGAAGAAGAAGAAAUCCAAGAAAAGUAAAAAGAAAAAAGACAAGGAGAAGGAGAAGGAGAAGCAUAAGGAAAAGAAGCACUCCAAAUCUAAGAAGAGUUCUGGGCUGUCUUCUUCCUUGGUGGUAGCUGAAGUAACAACACCACUACCAGUUGCUCCAACCAGUCCACAGUUUGCUAUUCCCAUUCCGCCGCCACCUCCCCCACCUCCUCCUCCUCCUCUGCCAUCACCUCCUGUUUUUCACACAGAUGGCCAGAGUGAGAAGAAGAAGAAGAGAGAAGAAAAAGAGAAGGCAGAGAAAUCAGAAAAAGAAAAGCCAAAGAAGAAGAAUAUGUCCGCCUACCAAGUAUUCUGUAAGGAAUAUCGAGUGAACAUUGUUGCUGAACAUCCAGGGAUAGAUUUUGGAGAGCUGAGCAAAAAGCUGGCAGAAGUUUGGAAACAGCUGCCAGAGAAGGACAAGCUGGUUUGGAAGCAGAAGGCUCAGUAUUUGCAACACAAGCAAAAUAAAGCUGAAGCUACAACAGUGAAGAGGAAAGCAACUUCAUCAGAGGGUGCCCCUAAGCUGAAAGCUUCUCUAACAGGCGUGCUUUCACCUCAUAAGAAGUCCCCAUCUAGCACUGUAGUAUUGCCUUCUUCACCUGUCAAAGUUCCUGAAACAGAUCCUAUUGAUGUCGCUGCACAUCUACAGUUGCUGGGAGAAUCACUAAGCCUCAUUGGCCACAGGCUGCAGGAGACUGAAGGGAUGGUGGCUGUAUCAGGAAGCCUGUCAGUGCUCCUGGAUUCAAUUAUCUGUGCCCUGGGCCCUUUAGCUUGCCUCACUUCACAGCUGCCUGAGCUCAACGGCUGCCCCAAACAUGUUUUGGCAAACACACUGGACAACAUUGCUUAUAUAAUGCCUGGACUCUGACAGGAAGAUAAUCCUGCAACAUGAAUCACUGGCGUAACUAGUGUUUGUCUCUCUGUAUGUGCAUAAUGCAUUAUACAGGCAUUCUUCAAGGGGUCCGACCUGUAAAGUUUUAAUGUUUCAGUCUAAUGCAUAAGACAGAAAUGCUAGCCAUUUCACUUUGUUUUAUGAACAGCUGCAAAGCUUAAUUUGAGAGAAUCUCUGUUUUCUCUUAUCUGAAUACUUACACACUGUCUAGAGUUAGGAAGUCUUUUGAUACAUCAGCUUUAAUUUGGAACAUAAAAACGAAAUGAGUUUUACUUGGAAACACCAAGCUAAACAAAUGUUACGGAUGAAACAUCACUCUUUUUAAAGAAAUGUUUUAGAUAUAAACUUUCUACUUUUCUGAGGGAAGUCAAUCGGAGGGAGAGGGGGGUUGUUUGAUAAAUUGGCAUGUAUUUUCUUAUCACUAGGGGAAGAAUGCUGUUUUUGCUUCCUUAUUAAACCUCCCAGAUAUUUAGGGAGGAGAAUAAUGAAUAAAAAGUUCUAAAAUUAUUUGGAGAAAGUAGGGGGCUCUUGAUGUAUGAGUAGCAGACCUUGGUGGAAACAUGCAUUGUUUCUUCCCAGAUUGUGUCUACUCUUCUGACUUCAAUAUUUAGAAAUGCUUAUCACCAGCAGUAAUUGGACAAUGUCCUCUUCAUGUGGUGCUGCUGUACAUGUUUUAGAGGUAGUGAUUAAGAUGAAAUGAAAGGGCUUAUUGUUGACAUUGAGCAAACAGAUCCUGUAUCCAUCAUACAGGGGAUUCAGUGUUCAGACUGACUGGUCCUCUUUGGAGUAGCACUUCAUUUGCACACAUAGUACUAAGUGUUGCAUUCCAAUCAUGUGUAUUUGCAUAUUCAUAUAUUGUAUGUAGUAGAUUAAUUUAUAUUGUAUAUUUCUGUAUAUAGCUGUAAUUUAAAAACAAAACCAUUCAUUCCACCAAUAGCGUACGGGAAACAUGAAUUUGCUGUUAUCACCUAAAUGCUCUACAGGAUCAGGCCUAGAAUGAGAAGAAAUAAUAGGAAUAGGAUUUUUUUGAUCAAUGAAAAUUAAGGUAUUAAGUACCUUAUAUUCUACCCUGAUCCCCUUUAUUACUUGUAAUGUAGUCAUCUGGUAAUGGCAAAAAGGUAAAUACUUUUGCUUCCAGGACUUAAUUUCAGUAUCUUCCUAGACAACUUGAACAGAACUGUUCCUCAAUGGUAGACCGCUAGAUUGACUGGAUUCAGUGAAACAUUUAAAUAAAACUAUAUCUGUACUGCGUGGUAGCAUUAAGAUAAAUGAAGAUCUUUUCAGUUUUUCUCCCUCAGUAAGCCCAGUGAGGACAAGGCUAGUUAUAAUAGGUGCUAUUCUAUAAAUUAACCUAUGUGCUGAUGGCAGAUGUCUUGGUUUUUACAGACCUUAUUCUGAUCUUGAUAUUUAUCUAGGCAGUCCAGCAGCAUUUCAGAGCGGAAAGGAAUCUUGGUGCGACUCCUUGAAGCUGGACAAUAGUCUCAAAAGCUUUCUUUCUAGAGACGCACAAUACCUGGUCUUAGGAUUUCACAUUUUAAUUAUGGAGAGCAAUGUUAAUUCUCUGUACAUAUAUAGAUCUCAGAUUAAAGAGAGGGUGAUCUACUUCAGUUCUGUUAUAUGCACUGUGGCAGACUUGAAGGUUUUAAACACAAAACACCUAUUCAUGUACUUUUAUUUAAAAUUUGUACAUAUUUGUAUAAUCUCUAUCCUGUGAUAUUUGUAACUGGAGAGCUUUAGACUGAGACUCUAACAGUUUUUUUUAAAUUUGUUGUUUCCUGCCAAUAAAAAUUGUAUUGUAUUGUAUAGACCUUUUGCUAAUGUAUAUAAACUUUGUAAGAACUUGAAA